GGACGACGGUGCAGUUGUCCUUCGCGAUGGCCGGGUGUUACAGCAGCGAUGUGCUCUCAUGGCAGGGCUUAGUGGAGAUCUCUUGGGUCACGCAGUUGCCAGCUAUGGCUUUUGGCGGCUUCAUGGGCCUCUCAUUCCUACUGUUGUUUUGCCUCUGCUGCAGUUCCCCUCCACCGCUGCCCUUGCUGGAACUGGCGCGGGGCGAAUCUUCGCAGAGACCGCCUAAGAGGAGGAAAGUUCUUGGGGGUUGGUCUGCCUGGGUGAUUCACAGGUGCACGAUGUACAUCCGCUGCUACAAAGCGUCCCUUUGCGAGCGCUCGUUGCUGGUGGUUCAGGAGGGCAAUUUGUCAAAACGACAGACCUGGGCUGACGCGCGCGAAGAGGCGGCCAUGGUGGCCAACCUUCGCACCCAGACGGUCUACAUUUUAGAGUCCUUUGGCAACCCAAGCAGUAGCAUCAUGGCACGCUUUCGAAUGUUGUGGCCUGCGCUCCAACCCUGGCGGGAGGUCACCUUCUUCUGCAUCUAUUCCACCCGCCUGGAGAGGGCCGCGCGGUUGCUCUUCCGCCUCUCCUUGGCCUCCGCGCUGGCCGUGGUCUUUCGGCAGCUGCUCUUCGGCGCCUUCAAGCGCCACGGCCACGAGGUGUGCGCCCUGCGACCCGAGAAUUUGGCCGAGGCACCACCUGUCGCGGCCAUGUGUUGCUUCGUGGCACGCUUGGCGUGGACGCCGCUGCAUGCGGACUUCAUGCAGCAGUACAGAUGUCGAUGUUUGCGCUGGGUGGCAGUGACUCAAGGUCUCUUGUCAUCCUCCGUCAUCGUGGUGUUGUUCUUGUCCAACACAUCCGAUGCAGACGGAAUUUGGUGGAUGUUUUGCUUCAUCACCAUCAUCGUCCUGGACCUGGGCGUUCUGCCCUUCCUCAGCACCGUGUUUUGGGUGCUGCUGUCCAGCAUGGCGUUGAUCUGUAACUAUGGCGCAGUCAAGGCCCUACGGGAGCAGCUGCCCAGCGAGGACCAGAAAAAGAUGCCGCCGGUCCCAGCGUCGGAGAGCAAGGCGGAGAAGGCUCGGGUGACCAUCAACUCCGAACCUUCCGUGGUGGAGGAGCCAAAGUCGUUGCUCUUUCGAAACAGCAGCAAGGAGCACAGCAAGGCACAGGUGGGCCAAGUUCUCUCGGUGCUGCCCGGCGCCACACCCGAGGAGGAGACAACCCAGCAUCGCGAUGCCUUGUCAAUGCUCCAGCACUGGAAACAGUGAGACACGGCUUGUUGAAUUCAGAAUUUGGAGACAGCUGGUAAUAGGUGUAUCUGAUAUAUCUCCAGUG